AUGGUGAUGCGGGCGAAGGACAAUGUCUACCAUCUGGACUGCUUUGCCUGUCAGCUGUGUAAUCAGAGGUUUUGUGUUGGGGACAAAUUUUUUCUAAAGAAUAACAUGAUUCUGUGCCAGACAGACUACGAGGAGGGGCUGCUGAAGGAAGGCUAUGUGGCGCAGGUGCGCUGA